AUGGAGCCCAUCGACCUCGUACCGAGCGGCUACAGGUUCCUUCCCACGGCGGAGGAACUCUUGGUUGACUACCUCGCCAACUGGGUCGCCGGCGCACCCCUCCCUGGCCGCGCUGUCGCCUUCGCGGACGUCUACGGCACCGAGCCGUGGAAUCUUCUAGGCAGCGAUCGCCAGGAGGGCUAUUUCUUUGCGGAGCGCAAGCCCAAGAACAGCGGCGGCUCGCGCGUCGAUCGAAAGGCCGGCAGCGGUUCUUGGACUCUGUACAAAAAGCAAGAAACCGUUAAGUCCAUGGUCGGCGGGCGCGAGAUGGUGGUCGGGCGAAAGAGCUGCCUUUCUUUCAACGAUGGUCGACGGAAGAACUCCGGGUGGACGAUGUACGAGUUCGAAAUGUAUGUUUCCUCCUCAUCGUCGUCGACAGACUUGGUUGCGUGUGAGCAGAUGUACAGCACCGACGAUGACUUCUUCGCGAGCCUGGAACAGAUCCAUGCCUCCUUGAUGUCCGAUGACACGAUUCCAGCCUCGGUGAUGUUUGGCACCAACACUGAUUCAACCACGGUCGCAGCGGCUUCGUCGUCAUCAUCGAUCGACAUUGUUGGGUGUGAGCAGACGGAGAACAUAGAUGAUAAUGACGACUUCCUGCAAUGGAUUGAAGCCCUCGUGAAGUCCGAUGACACCCCUAUUGAUUCGACUAUGACCUGGUGGUUGGAUCCAUAG